GGGGGACGAGCGGUCCCUUGUUAAGGUAGUUCCCCAGGACAGAGGUUGGAAGUUCCUGAGAUUAAGCGUCCCACGUGCAGGAUGCCAGAGCAAAAGAAGAAAAGGUCUGAAGUGUCAGAGAAAAAGAAAAGGAAAUUAAAGAAGCUGGUGGCAGGAGAGGAGCCCCUUGCACAGGAAAAGCCCCUGAAGAAGAAGAAACUGAGUGCCAAGGGCUUGCUUCCCGCCGUGUCUACAGUCUCUCCCUCUACAGUCAAAAUUGGAAGUUCCCUCAGAAUCUCAUCUUGUGCCUUGUCUUCCCUGUCUGGGUGGAGAUGGUGGUUGGACCUUGCUGAGUGUAGGGGUGGGAGAGGGUCCCUGCUGAUAUCCUCAGACCCUUUGGAAACAGAAGUUUCUCAGGUGGAUGCUGCAAGUGAUGAGGAAAAGGAAGAUGAGCAGGAACUGACCCCAGAGGAAAGGAGAACCCUGGAAAGAAAACUGAAGAAGGAACGGAAGAAAGAACAAAGGAAACAGCUUCGGGAAGCAGGGAUUCAUGGUGUAAAAGAAAACCCUCAAAAACCAUCUGGAGCGGAGUUGGCCUUGGACUAUCUCAUUAGCUGGGCCAGUAAGCGUGAGGAAUGGAAGUUUCAGAAGACAAGGCAGACCUGGCUCCUGCUUCACAUGUUUGACAGCAAUAAGGUGCCAGAUCAGCACUUCUCCAUUCUGCUGGACUACCUGGAGGGACUAAAAGGAAGGGCCCGAGAGGUGACAGUGCAGAAAGCUGAAAUGCUCAUGAAGAAAUUGGACAAUGCAGAGCCCGAAGACUCAAGUUUAGUAGAGAAGAGUGAGAGAAUCCGGCAAGUCCUACAGCUGCUUUCCUAAGAGGGGACGAGCCAGCAUCUCCGUAGCUCCAUCAGCAGAAAAGUUGUCUUCCCAAACCCCCGGAAAGGAUGGCUCUCCCCUUCUCUCACGUGAAUGUAUGGGUGUGUGCAUGUGUGUGUCUGUGUGAGUAUGUGCACAAGCAACAGAGAGUAUUUUUCUUACUUUUAGCAUCUGACCUUCUCCCAGACAGGUUAUCAGGAAAAGGUAAAGACGGCUUUGUUGUUCAAACCUAUUAUUUCUACUUCUAGAUACAAGCUUUGUAUCUGGUGAUCUCUUCUUUAAGUGAUUUGAUCUUAUUUGGGAUACCAGAAGAAUGGUCCUUUUGUGUUUUUAAAAUGUUCUUGAAUCAGGGAAUAAUCACUCUGAAAUGAUGUAAAGAGAUCCAAAUCCUUGGCUUUAGAAGGGCCUCCAAAGUCCUACAAAAGAGAGAGAGAGAGAGUGCUUUACAAAGGAAUGGUUUUCAGAAAUGGAUACAGAACACAGUGUUUACCCUGCCAGCUGUAAUCCAUCACUGUCAGUAUUGUAUGCAUAUUGUUGGGGUCUACAUGUCCCACAAGAAGAGGGUAAUAAAUUGUUUUUGGUAGUAACCUGUCUGAAUUCAGCAAGGGAUCUCAGAGCUAUGGAGUGUCUUUGGUUUUAUCUCCUCAUUCUCCAGCUUUCCACAACAUUUGUUGCUUAGUUACAGUGCAAACACUGGAGUGGAGUGGAAAAGGGGGGAGGGGGCACUACAAAUCAGCCAAAUCAUGUACCUGGAUGGGCAGAAAUUGAGUGGGUUGGCCUUGUUUUUAAUAAAAACAAAGCUUGGUCAUUGUGCCGUUAACUCUCA